CACUAAACCCCUUCGGGACCCGCUUGACCCAAGCGAUCACGCACUCCGCCCGCUUCUCCCCAUCGCAACCUUGCGCGCCUGCAGAGAGAAUCCAAUCGGCCCAAGGAAAUAAUCCAUCGCCACUCAACGCCCACUAAGGAAGAAAGCAUUCGCUGUUUGUCGCGCAUCGUUCGUCGCGACGGGGAUUUACUGAAGAGCACGCCUUGCUCCUGCGCGAUCGUCUGAGGAGCCGCUGGUCGCGUGCGCUGUCGCUCUAUCAUCUCGACAAGAAGCCGCCUGGUCUUUCCGAAACCUUAUGGCUCCCUGAACCACUCGACAUCGGAUUUUAUUUUCGACGUCACCCUCUCCACAGACCACAGGCCACAGGCCACACACCACACAACCACCACCCGAGCAACCAGUUUGACUUUUGCCCCAACUUCUGCCUACCGUACCUAUCACGCCAGCCAGCGACAGACAGUCCGUGUCCUGUCCACACCCGAGCGCCUGUCCGCCAGCCCGUUCUUCACACUUCGCUGCAGCACCGACGCGCUCCCCAUCUUUGGAGCGCGCAAACCCCAGAACAAAGUGGCGGCCCUUGCUCUCCUCAACCCGGCCGAGCCCGAGCUAUCGCAGUCGCCGCACCAUUUCGAUAUCGCACCCCACCUGCUCAGCGACACCACCCUCGACGUCGACGUCGGAGACGAGGCCAUCGAGCGCUUGAUGAUGGCACAACCCGUGCCUCAUCAGACGACGGCCGACAAGAAGCGCGUCAAGGUCUACGAGCUUCGCAACAAUGACUGGUUUGACCGCGGCACCGGUUUCUGCACCGCCUGCUUCGUCACGAUCCAGGAAGAGCAAAAAGAACCCCGCGUGAUCGUCCAGUCAGAAGACCAGCCGGACAGACUACUGCUCGAGACCAAAAUAACACCCUCAUUGUUUGGACCGACAAUGGCGUCGACAUGGCGCUUUCAUUUCAGGAGGCAGAUGGAUGCCAGGCAAUAUGAUGAUGGUCUCUCAGACGACUUGGCGAUGGACAUGCCCACCUCCAUUCAGCUCCCGCCUGCUGAGCUGGGGACGCUGAUCGAUAUAGAGAAUACCCUGCGAAACCUUUCGCAAUCCCCGUCCGGCCGCGAUGCCCUCGCCAAAGCAAUCAUGAGCGAAGACUACAUCGCCAAACUUAUUCCACUAGUAGAGAUGGCCGAGGAUAUGGAGAGCUUGGGGGACCUGCAUCAUCUCUGCAACAUCAUGAAGACGGUGGUGUUGCUGAACGACACUGGCCUCAUCGAACAUGCCGUGUCUGACGAGUGUGUUCUGGGAGUUGUGGGUGCGAUGGAGUACGAUCCCGAUUUUCCGACGCACAAGGCGAACCACCGGCAGUGGUUGAACAACCAGGGGCGGUAUAAGGAGGUGGUUAGGAUCCAGGAUGACCAAGUGCGACGCAAGAUCCAUCAGACCUACCGACUACAGUACUUGAAGGACGUUGUGCUUGCUAGGAUCCUGGACGACCCUACCUUUUCAGUCCUCAACUCGCUCAUCUUUUUCAAUCAGGUCGAGAUCGUGCAGCACCUCCACAUGACGCCCGGUUUCAUGACGGAUCUCUUUACCGUGUUUGGCGACCCGACUGUGCAGCCGCUGCGCAAAAAGGAAGCCGUCAUUUUCAUCCAGCAAAUGUGCGCCAUCUCGAAGAACCUCCAACCACCUGCCCGCCAAGGACUCUAUGGCAACUUCCUCCAGCAAGGACUUGUUCCCGUUAUCAAUUACGGGCUUAGGCACCCUGACGUGACGGUCCGGGUUGGUGCUACAGACAUUCUCGGCUCCAUACUCGAGUUUGACCCCUCCAUGAUCCGAAAGACCGUCUACGAGCAGACCCAUAGAAAACAAGCGCCCCUGACCGACGCCCUCAUCGAUCUCCUCCUCGUCGAAGUGGAUCUGGGGAUCAAGUCGCAACUUACAGAGUCACUCAAGGUGCUUCUAGACCCAAAUGUUCCCGGCAGCGGCCCCCCUCCAGAAAAUAGAGAGGGCUUCAUGCCCAAGGGAAAACAUCAGGUUUCUUCGGAUCCCCAGCAAGACGCAUUCAUUGCCCACUUUUAUGAGCACUCGGUCGCCAAGCUGUUCAAGCCGCUGCUUGACCUGGAGAAGAGGCCUAACAUGAAGUUUAAUGCCCUCGAAGAUGGGAUUUUCGGGUACUUGAACGAGAUUCUCUGCUUUUACAUCAGGCAUCACACUUUUCGGAGCAAGCACUUUGUGUUUGACCACAACAUUGCGUCUAGGUUUGGGCAGCUUCUUGCCUGCAAACAGAAGCACCUCCAGCUUGUUGCGAUCCGCUUCUUCCGCCACCUCAUCCUCCUCCGUGACCCUUUUUUCACCAAACACCUAUCCGACAGGCGAAUUUUCGGCCCAGUCUUGGACACGCUGCUGCGGACGCUGCCGCGGGACAAUCUCUUGUCUUCGGCGUGCCUGGACUUUUUCACGUCGAUUAAUUAUGAGGGGGAUCGGGAGUUGGCCAGGCACAUUAUGGAGAAUUACCGGGAGAAGGUAGUGGCGCUGAGCCAUAUUGAUUACUUUAGGGGGAUGUUGAUGAGGUGGGAUCAAAGCCGGGGGUAUACGGUUAGUGAGGUGGAUGAGGAGGACGAGGGUGGUGGGGGGGAUGCGGUGAUGACGACGACGACGACGACGACGACGACAGCUGUGGAUGGGGGAUGGAGUGAGUCAAAGGAGAAUGAGAAGCCGGUGGUGCCGAGUACGCCGCCGCCGGAAAGGUUAUCGGAGAAGAGGAGGAGGGAGGAGGAUGAGGAUGACGCGCUGGAUAAGCUGAUGCAGCAUAAGAGGAGGAAUAGCAGUAGUGCGGGGAAUAAUUCUUCGUUGGGGUCGUCAGGGGUGGGGGGGAUGUUGAGGAAGAAGGGGAGUUUUCACAACAAUAACAGUGGGAAGGCGAGGAGUCGAGAGGGGAGUCCGAAUGGAGGAGGAGGGGGUGGACAGAAGAAGAUUGCGAUUAGUAUUGCGCCUGUUUUGAAGACGGCGGUUGUGAGGGCGGGGAGUCCGGCGGCGGAAGAGAGAGGGAGGGAAGUGAGGGGUGGGGCUGGGAUUUAA